AUGGGACAAGAGCAGUCUUCCCCCAUUAAUGACAGCACGCCACCCCAAACUCUCAAAGAGAGGUCGGUGGACUCGGUUGCCACGUACAUCAGAGAAGGACAUGCCAAGAAGAUAGUGGUCAUGGCUGGGGCUGGCAUCAGCACAUCUGCCGGUAUCCCAGAUUUUCGAUCCCCAGAUACCGGCCUCUACGCCAAUCUCGCGCGACUCGAUUUGCCCUAUCCGGAGGCUGUCUUUGACAUAUCAUUUUUCAGAAACAACCCACUACCCUUUUACACGCUCGCCCACGAAAUGUAUCCCGGCAAAUACAGGCCAACCGUCUCACAUUCCUUUGUCCGGUUGCUUUCGGAUAAAGGCCUCUUGCUGAAACUGUUCACCCAGAAUAUCGACUGCCUUGACCGGGAAGCCGGUGUGCCAGAAGACAAAAUCGUAGAAGCUCAUGGCAGCUUCGCUCAUAACCACUGCAUAGAAUGCAAAUCGUCCUUCUCAGACGAUAUCAUGAGGCAGGCAGUGAGCAAACGUGAUAUUCCUCAUUGUCUUACACCUCAGUGUAAUGGUCUGGUCAAGCCCGAUAUCGUAUUUUUCGGUGAGCAGUUGCCAGAAGAAUUCCAUCGGAACCGGUCGCUUCCCAGCUGUGCUGAUCUGUGCAUUGUCAUUGGGACUAGUUUGACAGUGCUGCCUUUUGCUAGCUUGCCAGGCUUUUGUUCGGAAGGUGUGCCAAGAGUCCUCAUCAAUCUCGAGCGCGUUGGUGGGCUAGGCUCUCGGCCAGACGAUGUCCUUCUCCUUGGCGAUUGUGACGCUGGAGUGCGGAGACUUGCAGCAGCCUUAGGCUGGGAGAAGGAUCUCGAGGCGCUCUGGGAGGGCACGAAUCAGGAGAAGCCAACCACUGGUGGGGAUCACAGAGUAGCACAACGGGAUAAUGAUGAAUUGCUCGACGAUCAAAUCACUAAUCUAACGCGAGAGGUUGACCAAUCUUUGAAGAUCUCCGACGAUCAUACAGCACGACUCCGACAACAAUUAGCGCUAAUCGAAGAGGAAAGCAAGCCGUCAAAUGAGGCUUUCCCCCUUCUUGAAAAGCCUAUCACGAGAGACAACUCAGAGGCCGAAGCGCUAACAGCGACUGGCAAGCGACAGACCUCAGAGGAAAGUUCACAAUUCUCCAGCGCGGCCAAGCGGGAUGUUUCGUCGACCACCGCUCCCAAUGGGCUUGAGAAACCUCCCCUAUAG